AUGAGGAACUAUUCGUUAGAAGAUGGAAGUUUUUAUUUUACAUGGUUCCAUGACCGUCAAGACGAAUUCCGCCAGCAAUCGGGUCGUGUUGUUAAAUUUCAUCUAACGUUUCAACUUUAUGGGGUUGUUAUAAAUGAAGGAAGAGAUUCACCUCAUAUCCUGCGAGUUAAAGUCUCUGUAAAACUUGAAAAAUUGAAUUUCUUUUUACGAGAAGUGUCCUCUACACCAGCAAUAUGCAUUUUCGAUAUCAGCAUGGACUGGUGGACACUGUUACGACGAUACAUUGAUUUUGUUUGUACUUGUUUUACGGGUUACAUUUACUUCCUCUACACAAAACGAUUCACAAAAAGAAAACCUCGCGAUGAUCUCACUCCGCUUGAUGAUAUCACACAGAUUAGUCAGACAAUUACAAGAGUUCUUGGACAGAAUCCAGGCCCAUUCACAUUGCAGGGUACUAACACGUAUUUGAUUGGCAAAGGAAACAAAAAACUUUUGAUAGAUGCUGGCGAGGCGAACAAUAUGAGAUAUAUCUCCAAAAUUCAAGAAGCUUUGGGUGAAGCUACAAUAGAAGGCAUUAUCUGCACUCAUUGGCAUUACGAUCAUACAGGCGGAUGUCCUUUGGUGCAAGAAUAUUUUACAACAUCAGGCGGUGAAAAACCAAAAGUGUAUAAGAUGAAACAUAUACGCAAUAAAAAUGUCGAAGGAUGUUAUUACGUCGAUGAAGGGUAUGUAUUCAGACAAGAUGGGCUUACCUUGAAAGUCAUUGACUGCAGAAAUAAGUGUUAG